AUGACACCUCUAGGUAUUGCUUUGGGUAUGGUUUUCUAUUUACUUCAAGCCGUUUCUGGAGAAAGUGGCUAUGCAGAGAAUGGAGACUUUGACGAUGCAGAAAUGGAUGACUACUCAUUCUCGUGCUACAGUCAGCUGGAAGUGGAUGGAUCCCAGCACUUGCUGACCUGUGCAUUUGACGACCCAGACGUCAACAGCACCAAUAUGGAAUUUGAAAUAUGUGGGGCCCUUUUGGAGGUAGAUUGCCUGAGUUUUAAUAAACUGCAAGGGAUGUAUCUCAUCAAGACAAAGAAAUUCUUACUGAUUGGAGACAGUAAAAUAUGUGUGAAGCUUGGAAGAAAAAGCAUGACUUGCAAAAAAAUGAACAUAGUCAAAAUAGUUAAACCUGAGGCUCCUUUUGACAUAAGAGUCAUCUAUCGCAAGGGAGCAAAUGACUUUGAGGUGACAUUUAAUACAUCGCACUUACAAAAGAAGUAUGUGAAAGAAUUAAUGCAUGAGGUAGCCUACCGUCAGGAAAAAAAUGAAAAUGAUUGGAUGCACAUGAAUUUAUCCAGUACAAAGUUGAUGCUCCUGCAGAGAAAGCUACAACCCAAUGCAAUGUAUGAGAUUAAAGUUCGGUCCAUCCCUAACACCAACUAUUUUGAAGGCUUCUGGAGUGAAUGGAGUCCAAGUUUCCACUUCAGAACUCCAGAGACCAAUGGCCCAGGGGAGAUGGAUCCUGUUUUACUAAUUAUCAUCAUUCUGAGUUUCUUCUCUGUGGCUCUGAUGGUCGUUCUGGCCUGUGUGUUGUGGGAAAAAAGAAUCAAGCCUAUCAUAUGGCCCAGUCUCCCUGAUCAUAAGAAGACUCUGGAACAACUGUGCAAGAAACCAAAAAAAAAUUUGAAUGUGAGUUUCAAUCCUGAAAGUUUCCUGGACUGCCAGAUUCAUAAGGUGGAUGGCAUUCAAGCUAGAGACGAAGCAGAAGGCUUUCUGCAAGAUCCUCUUCCUCCACAGCUAGAGGAGUCUGAGAAGCAGAGGCUUGGAGCGGGUAUGCAGGGCCCCAACUGGCCCUCCGAGCAUGUAGGCAUCAGCCCAAAAACUUUCAGAGGAGAGUCGUCAUUCAGGUGCCUGGCUGGGAACAGCAGUGUGUGUGAUGCCCCUGGACUCCCCUUCUCCAGGUCCCCAGAUUGCAAGGAAGGUGGCAAGAAUGGGCCUCUCCUGUACCGAGACCUGCUGCUUGGCCCUGGAACUACAAACAGCACCCUGCCCCCUCUGUUUCCAUUCCAACCCGGAACCCUGACAUUGAACCCUGCUGCCCAGGGGCAGUCCAUCCUCACUUCCUUGAGAUCAAGUCAAGAAGAAGCCUAUGUCACCAUGUCCAGCUUCUACCAAAACCAGUGA